CUGUUGUCUUUGUACAUUCUCAACGUUCGCGUUAGUCGUGAAAUUCGUUCUCGAUAGAAGUGUUCUGUGAGAAGCGUCGUUGCGUUCAAAGGCAGAAAUAAUCAGGGAGGCCUGUGAUACACAGAAGAAAACAACGAAAGCUCGCUCAUCGUUAUGGCACGUACCAAGCAGACGGCUCGUAAAUCAACGGGUGGAAAGGCACCCAGGAAGCAACUUGCCACCAAAGCGGCACGUAAAAGCGCGCCGUCCACUGGAGGCGUCAAGAAGCCUCAUCGUUACAGGCCCGGUACUGUAGCUCUGAGAGAAAUCCGAAGAUAUCAAAAGUCCACGGAGUUGCUCAUCAGGAAAUUGCCGUUCCAGCGUCUGGUUCGUGAAAUCGCGCAGGAUUUCAAAACCGAUCUGCGUUUUCAGAGCGCCGCUAUAGGUGCCCUUCAGGAAGCGUCGGAAGCUUACCUGGUCGGCCUGUUCGAAGACACGAAUUUGUGCGCCAUUCACGCCAAACGUGUCACGAUCAUGCCAAAAGAUAUACAACUGGCACGGCGAAUUCGCGGUGAACGCGCUUAAAUCGUUCACAAACAAUACACAGAGCGUUCUCAUUUUAUUAUUAUUUGGAUACUGUAUGUUUCUAAACAAUCUCAAAUUUUUCUUGACUCUCUUCCGUGUAUAUUUAUCAUAGUUAACACACUGCCAACUGCUGUAAUAGAUACCUGAAAAAGACGAAAGAAACAAGUGAGUCUUGAUUAGACUUUUAAACUCAAUUAGAUGAUUCAUGAUUCAUACAAUGAUUAAGAAAAAUGGGUUGAAAAACUGAAAUUGAAAAAACUGAUGGAAUUUAGUUUUAAUAUAAAGUCGAAAUUAUAGGCAACAUUAGUUUUAUUUUAUAUCUGGAUUAAUAGAAAUAAAGCACGCAGCAUAUUAUAUUGUGUAGAUUUCAUGGUUUUUUUUUUGUAGAACGCCAGGUAUUAGCGCUUGAUUUUACAACAAUAGUUGUAUUGCUUUAUGGGAGCAAAUCUACAUCGUCCUUUCAACACUUCUCUUACGUACAAAUUUACAACACAUUUACUUAUACUGGUAUGCACUUUUCGUAUAAAGGGAUAUGUCUACAUGUAUUGAAGAGUGGUAGAACAGAUAGUUGAUUAGUUGUUUAUUGGUAAUAAUACUACACACUCAACGCGCAUAUAAUUUGAUUUGCAUUAGUCUUCACUCUUUAGAAUUAAAAAAUUUUACUUAUAGUAGAUAUAUCGCGCAUAUUACGUAUAUAAAUAUAUUGUAAGCUUAGAAACUAAGUAAGUGUUUCAUGUAUCCCUAAGGAAUGCAUUAAUAAAUAUCUAUAAUUAAAAACAUUAUCGAAGACACGGCAAGAGGGCUGCAGUUGGUACUGCGCGAAAUUGUUUUUCUUUACAAGGAUGUAUGAAUUAUUUACGUACACAUUAUUUACUGUGAAUAUUGAAAAUCUGUAGCUUACACAUGCUAGAGACUUUCAGUACUUGCGAUGAAUACAACUGUAGGUGACAUAUUUUUUUUUUGUUUCCGGCUGUCACUAUUGACACUAAUAGAGUGCGCGCGCAUCUUAAAAGCUUUUCUCUCCAAAUGUAAUCCUCUUGUCGAGUUCGUAAUUAUAAGUUGUAAUUAUCGUAACGAUUAUAGUACUAAUCAAAUGAUGUAAUAAUAUAACAAAAUACAUUUUCUAAAGGAUGUAACAAA